AUGCCUCUGGUGCGCAAACGGCGCGCACCGGUCGCAGAAGACGCCUCGGACGAAGAACAUACACCUACACAACGCCGCCGCGAGUCUCCAGUAUCCGACGUGGAAGAUGACGAUCCAUCCACUCAAGGCGAACAGCAACUGCAACAAAUGGCCAAGAAGCUGGUGAGGAUGGCACUGGCAUGCGAGUACGCCAGGAUUCCCAUUCGCCGAGCAGAUAUCAGUGCAAAAGUGCUGGGGUUGCAAGGAAGACAAUUCAAAAACGUCUUUGCCGAGGCAAAUUUGAAGCUUAAUGCGGUAUUCGGAAUGGAGAUGACGGAGCUACCAAAGACGGAAAACCACACCAUCAAAGGACGCCAGAAGGCUGCAGAGAGAACGGAAAGGCAAAACACCACGACGACUUCGUGGGUCCUCACGAACACCUUGCCGGAGAAGUAUCGAGGCUGGGACAUCAUCCCCCCGCCAAAAGUUCCUACCUUUUCUGAAGAGAGUGCAUACAUCGGACUUUACACUUUUGUGGUAGCAUGCAUAACACUUGGAGGUGGAAGGAUGCCGGAAGCGAAGCUCGAGAGAUAUCUAAAGCGGACCAACGCAGACCAGACGACCCCGGUUGGCUCAACGGAGAAACUACUUGCCCGAAUGAAGAAGGAUGGGUACAUCAAGCUCAUCACGGAUAGCUCGAGUGGUGAAGAGAUUAGAGAGUGGGUUGUCGCCGGGCGGGGAAAGGUGGAGAUCGGAGAAAGAGGAGUGGCGGGCAUGGUGCAGACCGUGUACCACGACAACAGGACAGCUGAGCUGGACCGCAAGAUUGAGCGCAGCCUGCAGAACGCGCGCGCUAAUGAAGCGUCCAAGAAUAUCGGACAAGCCAGUUCCGAGGAUCAGACUGGGACCGGUAGAGGGCGGGGACGGCAGAGACGACAAGAACCACAAGAUGGCGAGCCACAGGAGACGGAUGAGGAGUAA